AUGGCGUCCAACUCGUCCCUCGUCUACGAUUUGCCACCCCUCCCAUCAUACACCCUCACCCCGAGGGAGCCGCUCAUCUCACCCAUCCCCGAUAAUAUCCUCGCCUUGAUGCUCCCCAUAAUCGCCUACUGGGGCGUCUCCAUGAUCUUCCACGUCAUCGAUGUUUACGAUUUGUUCCCGCAAUACAGACUCCACACGCCCGCCGAGCUGCUCAAACGGAACCAUGUUUCGCGCACUGACGUUGUAAAGGAUGUUAUAUUGCAGCAAGUCAUCCAAACGAUUGCUGGUUUUAGUGUCUCUUAUUUUGAUCCGCCAGAAUGCACGGGAAAGGAGGUUUAUGAUGUGGCGGUUUGGGCGAGGCGGAUCCGGAUGGUGCAGAGACUUGUACCGGGUCUGCUUGGGCUCGUGGGCAUUGACUCUGUUAACCUUUCCAAGAGUUUGUCGGGUUUCCCUACUUUAUCUGCUGCACUAGCAGGAGGUGUAUAUCCAAAUCUCUGGCAAACUAUGGCUCUGGACAAUGGGCUUGAAGUCGUGGCUCCGGCUUUUGCGGGCUGGGAGCUUACUUUGGCAAGCUUCAUUUACAACUAUUUCAUCCCGGGACUGCAGUUCUUCAUUGCCAUUCUGGUCGUUGAUACGUGGCAAUACUUCUGGCACCGGGCGAUGCAUCUCAAUCGCUGGCUUUAUGUAAAAUUCCACUCCCGCCACCACCGCCUUUACGUUCCUUAUGCAUUUGGCGCACUAUACAACCACCCCGUGGAGGGAUUUUUGCUCGACACCGCCGGAGCCGGCGUGGCAUUCCUCGUUACUGGUAUGACCUCUCGUCAAGCUAUGUGGUUCUUUUCUAUGUCGACUAUUAAGACUGUCGAUGACCACUGCGGCUAUCAUUUCCCUUGGGACCCACUUCAGCUCAUCACCUCCAACAACUCAGCCUACCAUGAUAUCCACCACCAAAGCUGGGGAAUCAAGACCAACUUUUCGCAACCAUUCUUCACUUUUUGGGAUCGAUUUAUGGGAACUCGCUGGGAUGGAGAAGUGAAGAUGAAAUACGAGCGUGCCCGUGUCGCUGCUGAGAAGCAAGUCGAGCGUGAACGGCUGGAGAACAAUGGCGAGGAUAUUGAUCGUGUUCUAGAGUCCGAACCCGGCCCAUUAGAUGCCGCUGGCGAGGACUUUGCGCAAGAAAAGACGCCAUUCAAGAUUAUCCCCCGAGCGACCCGAUCCGCAUCACGACGAGCUCACGGCGUGAAUGGCAGUAUUCGUCAGAAGUAG